AUGGCGGACAGUGAAUAUUCUCCAAAGUUCGCUCCGUUCUUCUCUUUCGUACGUGCUGCGAGUCGCUGCUGCGAUGAUAUUUGGCGGUACGUGAAAAUACUGUUCUCGCUUGUGCUUCGGUCUACGGUUUACUUACACACCACAGCAAUGGGUGCCGCUUAUGGGACUGCCAAGUCAGGUAUUGGAAUUGCUGGAAUAGGACAAUACAGGCCCGAUUUGAUUAUGAAAUCAUUGAUUCCGGUGGUCAUGUCCGGUAUUAUCGCGGUAUAUGGUCUGGUCAUUGCGGUUCUAAUUAGCGGAGCUUUGAACCCUCCCCCUACUCAAAACACCAGUCUUUACACGAGCUUUAUGCAUCUCGGGUCCGGUCUUUCUGUCGGAUUGGCUGGAUUGGCUGCCGGAUAUACUAUUGGAAUUGUGGGAGAUGCUGGGGUCCGGGCAUAUAUGCAGCAAUCACGAGUAUACGUUGGAAUGAUCCUCAUCUUGAUUUUUGGUGAAGUUCUAGGGCUUUAUGGUUUGAUUGUCGGGCUUAUUCUCAACUCUCGCAGUGGUGGGACUUCCGCUCUGCGACUUGCGAUUUCGGAGAUCGUCCAAACCUUACGCUUUAAACGAACGAACUUUUUUUUCUCCCGGUCGCCUUAUACUACACUCGCCUUUCAUUUUGCAAUCGAGACAUGCUUUGUCGUUACAAUGGCUACGGAAACAGUCCAACCCACGACACAUGAAGAAGGGACGAAUGGCGAUUUGACAGAACCCGGGGCGCAGUACAAGUGUGAUGGGAACAACGCCGACCAGGAGAAACAACAGAUCUCUUCGGUUCUUGUCAGCCCGAAGAAUCCUUCGGAUGGGUACGCGGUCGCUGAUUCUCCUGGGGUGAGACAUCUGGGCGAGUCAAGCCAUGGUCUGAGCGUAUAUGAUUUUGAAUUGAUAAAGACAUUGGGCACUGGUACUUUUGCUCGUGUCUGGCUUACACGCUUGAAAAAUAGCCCUCGAAAAGAUAAAGUAUACGCAUUGAAAAUUCUCCGCAAAGCAGACGUGAUAAAACUCAAACAAGUCGAACAUGUUCGAAACGAACGCAGGACGCUUGCUGCAGUUGCAGGCCACCCCUUCAUUACAUCGAUGAUCACUACAUUUUCAGACGAGCAGUCUUUAUAUAUGCUGUUGGAAUACUGCCCUGGUGGCGAAAUUUUCAGCUAUCUACGACGCGCACGUUCGUUCAACGAGGCGACCUCCAAGUUUUAUGCCGCCGAGAUUACAAUGAUAAUCCAGUACUUGCACGACGUUCAAGGGGUCGCAUACCGUGACCUGAAGCCCGAGAACAUACUUUUGGGCGCAGACGGCCAUAUCAAGCUAGUUGAUUUUGGGUUCGCCAAACAAGUGGGUAACCGCGAGACAUAUACACUAUGCGGGACCCCGGACUACCUGGCACCGGAGGUUAUUCAUAACUGUGGACACGGGCUUGCUGUGGACUGGUGGGCUCUAGGAAUUCUGAUCUACGAGUUUUUGGUCGGCCAGCCUCCGUUCUGGGACCAGAACGUGAUGCGACUAUACGAACAGAUUGUCGAAGGCCGACUUCGCUUUCCACAGACGAUGAGUCCUGCUGCGCGGGACAUCAUUUCGCAACUAUGCAAGACUGAUGUGACCAAGCGCCUGGGACACAUUCAAGGAGGAGCGGCGCGCGUCAAGGCACACCCGUGGUUUGAUAGCAUCAACUGGGAUGACCUCUAUUAUCGACGCAUCCCAGGACCCAUCAUUCCUCGAGUCGGACAUGUGGCUGACGCAGCUAAUUUUGAAGAAUAUCCGCCUCCACCACACCCUGAUACGUUGGAAGUUUACACUGACGAUAUGAGAGAAAAGUACGAACCGCUUUUCAGCGAUUUUUGA